UAUAGUGGAAACAAAUUACACAGAAAGAGAGAGUGAGAGAUGCAAGGCCACAGUCAACAGAGCAAAAAGACACAUAAUGACCAUGACAUACCGAACAGCUACAAAGAGACACAAACCAAUAAUAAAGAGAUGCAAAAUGACUUGAAAUUGAAACAGAUUUGAUGUUAAAUCUUAAAUUUAUUCAAAACAUCCAGAAAGGGAAUCAAGUGAACUAUAAAUAAUAGUAAAAUAUCCAGAAAGAGAUUGAAAACAGACACAAAAACAUCAACUACAAAGACUCAUAGUACAAAUUUUGUGGUAGUAAUUCUUGUGUGUCUCUUUUCUGUCUUUGCGUCUUGCCUCCAUGCAGGACAGAUGGUGUCCUGGGCCCCUUUGUCUCAAUCUCUGGUCCCUCCACCAAAAAAAAGGGGCGAGGUGUAGUAACGUUGUCUGCCACUAGAGGGCGCUAAUGGCCCGGAUGUAUAUUGAUACGCGUAUUACGGGGAUGGCCUUGAUUGAAUACGUAUGAACAUUACUCACUUUUCUUUGUGGACUCGAGAGUAUACACGCGAGGACCACGCCGCGCUUUGACUCACUCCACCACGGCACUCCUCGUGGCCCGGCCAGAGCAUCCGACCUCUCACCGGAUAAAAGACCGGCGACACCAGACCGGCGACAGAGGGACGGGGGUGAAUCGACCGUGAGCUUCGCCUGAAGAGGAAAAAGAAGAAGAAGGAAAAAAGAGGACGAAGAAAUAACCGAGUUCAGCAUGUCUGGAGUUAAGAAGAGAAACUCGAAUUCGUCGGCGGACAGGGAAGAAGAGGAUAAGCAGGCGAGGGAGAAGAUGCUCUCCGGCGGGGACAAGGGGUGCUCCGACCUGGAUGGGACCGGGGCCGCAGUGGGAGAGGCACCGGGGAAAGGGAUCGUCCUGGAGAGGAACAUCACCCUGCUGAACGGCGUGGCCAUCAUCGUGGGCACCAUCAUCGGCUCGGGCAUCUUCGUGUCCCCGACCGGGGUGGUGAGGGAGGCCGGCUCGGUGGGUGUAUCCCUGAUAGUGUGGGCAGUGUGCGGGGUGUUCUCCACCGUGGGAGCCCUGUGCUACGCGGAGCUGGGGACCACCAUCACCAAGUCCGGGGGGGACUAUGCCUACAUCCUGGAGGUGUACGGCCCCCUGCUAGCUUUCCUCAAACUCUGGAUCGAGUUGCUCAUCAUCCGCCCGUCCUCGCAGUACAUCGUCGCCUACGUGUUCGCCACCUACCUCCUGAAGCCCAUCUUCCCCGUGUGCCCGGUGCCCGAGAACGGGGCCAAGCUGGUGGCCUGUCUCUGCAUCCUCUUGUUGACUUUCGUGAACUGCUACAGCGUGAAGGCAGCCACCAGAGUCCAGGACUUCUUUGCCGCCGCCAAGCUUCUGGCCCUCGGACUCAUCAUCAUUAUCGGCUUCGUCAAGAUUGGCCAAGGUGAGACGGAGGACCUUCUUCCAGAGAAUUCCUUCAAAGGGUCCAAGAAGGAUUUUGGCAGCAUCGGCCUGGCGCUGUACAGCGGCCUGUUUGCCUACGGUGGCUGGAACUACUUGAAUUUUGUUACUGAGGAGAUGAUUGACCCUUACAAGAACCUUCCUCGCGCCAUCAUCAUCUCCCUGCCCAUCGUGACGGCCGUGUACGUCCUCACCAACCUGGCUUAUUUCACCACCCUCUCCCCCGAUCGGAUGCUCAACUCGGAGGCUGUGGCCGUGGAUUUCGGUGACUGUCACCUGGGCCCCAUGGCGUGGAUCAUCCCCGUGUUCGUGGGUCUGUCCUGCUUCGGAUCAGUCAACGGUUCUCUGUUCACGUCGUCCAGGUUAUUCUUUGUGGGCUCUCGGGAAGGUCACCUGCCCAGCCUGCUGUCAAUGAUCCACCCGUCGCUGCUGACCCCGCUCCCCUCACUUAUAUUCACCUGUGUGAUGACUCUUCUCUACGCCUUCUCCAACGACAUCUUCUCCGUCAUAAACUUCUUCAGCUUCUUCAACUGGCUCUGCAUCGCCAUGGCGAUCAUCGGGAUGAUGUGGCUCCGUUAUAAGAAGCCCCAUCUGGAGCGGCCGAUCAAGGUUAACAUUCUGCUGCCGGUGAGUUUCGUUCUGGCCUGCUUCUUCCUCAUCGUCGUCUCCAUCCUUAAGACGCCGUUGGAGUGCGGCAUCGGCUUUGGCAUCAUCGCCACCGGGCUUCCAGUCUACUUCAUCGGGGUGUGGUGGCAGAACAAACCCAAGUGGCUGCUGAAUGGAAUCUUCUCUACCACGGCCUUCUGUCAGAAGAUGAUGGAGGUUGUGCCACAGGAGUCGUAGAAGGGCCUCUCACUUCAGACGCUGGUUAUUCAGAUCACACAAACACUGACCUCUGAGCUCGGGGCACCACAACAGAUGAAGCUUGUUCUCUGCUGAACCAUUUUCACUCCACACUCUCUCUUUCUUCCUUCCUAUCUCCCCCCACGCCCUGUCUGCAAGGAUGCAGAUAAGGACCUAACGAAAGCAUCUGAAGUGAUGCUGUCUUUACUUUGUCAUGUUACUGAUAUUUUUUUGGGGCGGGGGGGUUAUUUGACUAUGUUUAGUCACUACCAUUUGUAGAUUUCUAUGCGUUUUUAUUUCUGUUUUUCGUUUUUUAUGUAAAUACGUUCCAUGUCUUUCUCAGUAGGAACCUGUUGUAUUUAGCAUGUCGUGCCUUAUGCGGCAAAUGAAGUGUCAUCUGCAGUGGCCGUUACAGCUGUGAGUUUUAAGACCAUUUAGGAGUUUAUUUUCGUUGUGAAACAGGGUUUAAUAGCUGCCAGGAUUUUUUUAUGAAGAUAUUUCAUUAUUUUUGUCCUCCAGUCGUUACAUUUCUCUGGUUUUAACGUCGCUGCCGUCACCACUGCUGACGAAUGCAUUCCAUCAAUUUAUUUUGUGUGUAUUUAUAUAUAUAUAUAUAUAUAGAUAUAUAUAUAUAUAUUCACCAUCUGACUAAAGCGCUCAGAGCAAGAAUGAACUUUACACACAAGUUUUUUUCCGUUAAGUUUUUGUUCAAAGUUCGUAUUUCAUGUUUAUCUGUGUGCAGUCUACUGAUGUCGCCUCACAGGGCGUCCCUGUGUGCUGAAGUUGCGUCAUGUUGAUUUAAAAUGACAAAUUCAGACAGAGAUACCAAGACAGGGGGGGGAAAAAGUGGGUCAGAAUGUGCUACUGUUUAUUUUUUGAGGGUCAGUGAUCCUCACGUUGGCUUUGGGGAUCAAUGUGUUAGCGUACUGAGCCUGGCUCCCAGAGCGCCGUUAUCACUCCAUCACACCAAGAGUGUUUUCCGAACUUCAUACUGUCGAAACAGACAGCGACAGGUUAAAGAGAAGAGACAGAAACAAACCUGAUGGUCAUUUUUUUUAUAGUGUAGCUCAUGUGUUUGUGUGUUGCGUGACUGUCUGGGAAGCAGAUGUCGUCGUCUGACGUCUGAGAUGUCUCUCGUUACAUGAUCAUUCACGUAUGUUGUGGAGGAUCGAAAAGGGGGGGAGGAGGGGAUGAAAGGUCAAGGGGUGAGCGAGGUGGUUUGGAGCACAUUUUCCAAUAGCAGUAUGAAAUUUGAGUUUUUAUUUCUCAUCCUUCUGCUUUGUUCACUCCACAUACAGUGACGGUUUAAAAAAAAACGAGAGAGAGAAAAGUUAGUGCUGUAUUAUUAACAACGACCGCCCUCCUGGCAACGGACCAAAAGUUACCACGGUAGCAGUCUCCAUAGAGACGCGGCAUCACUGGAUGUAGGAGGGGUUAGUGUGUAUUUUUUUUUAUAGAUGUAGCCUUUUCUAACACUCCAGCCAUCGUGCACCCAACACGAUGGAAAACUAACCUGAAUAGGACAGUAGAACAUUUAUUUAUUUAUUUUUUAGGACUAUUGGAUGUUUGUUGUCAUUAGUCCCUCUAAUUUGUUUACAGGGCAUUUUGUCAGAAAAGUGCUUUAUAAAUAAAUCUUGAGUUUUUUUUCCA